AUGCAAUUUAAUUUGCUUUUAAUAUUUUUUAUAAUAUUUAUUAAUGUUGCCCUUAUAUUUCCAGACAAACCAAAGGACUGCCCAGAACUUCCAAAAAACCCCAAAAAACCUAAAAAUCCAAAACUUCCUUCUAAUCCAAAAAAACCAAACCCUCCAAUUAAUGACGGAAAUAAUAAAGUAGUUAAGGCAAAAUAUACAGAAAAAGAUACUUGCCUUUCUGAAUCCAAGGCUAAUGGGCCGAUUAAAUCAAACCUUAAUAAGCCAAUUAAUGGGAAAUUUACAUUUUAUGGAACUGGUGGACGUGGAGCUUGUGGAUAUGAUAUGGAUGAGGUGAAAAUUAAGAAAAAAAAUUUUAAAUGA